AUGGGACGAACUGAGCCGUCCGUUGGCCGACCACCGGCGGCUUUUCGCAAGGAUGCACGCGCCAAAAAGGCAAAGGCCACCAUCAACAAGGUCAUUCCCAGCCUACUCCCUGGAUAUCCCGGUGCUCAGAAAGGAAUCAAUUCGGCAGAGCUUGUACCUUUCAUCAAUGGCCCAGUCUUGCCUGCAGUCUAUGAGAAGCUCUUGAAGGAACAGAAGGAUAAGGGCGAUACAGCAACGAAAGGCAAAUCUACAAAUGGCGCUGAAGAUCCCUAUGAGAGCUUGGAAAAGCUUAAAACACCCAGAAUAUCAUUUAGGGAAGUCGAUACGCUUACGGCUGCGCGAGAUCUUCUCAAUAUUGAGACACCGGUGGGCAUCAAAGCAGAUCUUGGUAAUACUAGAGCUCAUGUGACGAUUUUGAACAUGGGCUCACCACUGAACCCUGGAGGCGGAUUUCUCAAUGGUGCAAACAGUCAGGAGGAGUCAUUAUGCAUGCGUACUACGUUGUAUCCUUCUCUCAAGGACGAGUGGUACCGACUUCCCGAAUAUUCUUCGAUUUGGACUCCGAAUGUGUUGGUCUUCAGAGAUGAAGAAGGGAACGAUUUGGACAAGAAAGAUCGAUUUUACGUCGACUGUAUCACAGCAGCUAUGAUCCGCGGCCCGGAAUUCGAGCUCGACGGCGACGGAGUAGCAUCAUACGCCAACAAGAAGGAUCGCGACACAGCGCAAGCCAAGAUGAGGGCUGUUAUGCGAAUCGCUAUGUUUAAAAAGUCCAAACGCCUCGUACUCGGAGCCUGGGGCUGUGGAGCGCAUGGAAACCCCGUCGGUGAAAUAGCAAGAAUUUGGAAAUCUGUUCUAAGUCCAAAAUACGACAAGUCAAAGCCGUUAAAGGAGAGAUGGGAAUACAUUGAUGAGAUUGUGUUUGCAAUCAAGGAUCACAACAUGGCGCAGGCUUUUGCGGAAGCUUGGGGUGAUGGUCUUGAACGGCCAGACGAAGGAAAGGACGAGAUUAAAGAGGAACAAGAGGAGGAUGCUGAGGUGGUUGAUCUGACCGAUGUCAAGACGCAAGAGUUGAAGGAUAAGAUCAGGGAGCUGGAGCAGAGGAUCCAGAGAGUGAAUAAUCAUAAGGUCUCGGAUGGCUUGAAGACUGUUCUUGAGGGGCUGAAGAAACAACUCCCUGAAGAGGAUGAAGUUUCGACGCAGGAGAGUGAAUGGGAGGAUGUCAAAGCUGAAGGCACCGGAUCUAGCUGA